AUUAAAAAAUCUGUGAUAUACUUAGGCAAGAAUAACAUCGCUGUUUACACAAUCCCGGAAGUUAUUGAAGAAAAUCCAGAAUUUUGCAGGAUGGAAGUCAUAAAAUCAAUUUUAGAAAAUGAUACACAGGAGGAUUCACGUAAAUCCACAGUUGUGAAUAAGGAUAUUGAAACAGACCUAGGAACUCUCUUAGCGUUAGAUUAUAACAGCUUGGAUUUAAAAGCAAUGAAAUCGCAGUCUGAACAAUAUUUGAAAAGUUUAACAAGAGAUAAUGUACAGAUACUAAUCAACAAAAUUUGGGACCUUCCCGCAGAACGUGUUGACGAAGUAAUAGUGGCAAAGUUACCCAAACAGGUGUUUGUACUGCCACGAGCUCGUCAAAUUCCAAAACCAAAAGCCUUGACAAAGUGGCAACAGUAUGCCAAAGAGAAGGGUAUCAAAUCUAAGAAGAAGAGUAAAUCUAAACUCCAAUGGGACGAGGAGUUACAGAAAUGGAUACCUACAUUUGGCUACAAACGCAAUAAAGCUAUGGAACAGAAGGAAUGGUUGGUAGAAGUUAACGAUGAUAAGAAAAGUAUGGAGGACACAUUUGCAGCUGCGAAAGUUGCAAAAGAAGAGAGGAAAUCUAAGAACGAGCUGCAGAGAUUGAGGAACAUUGCAAAGGCCAAGAAUAUAAAACUUCCCAAAGUGGGACUUCCGACGAGAGAACAUUUCCCAGAUGCUCAGCAACUCUCACAAGCUGUAACGAUUGCACGUACGUCAACUGCAUCGCUUGGUAAAUUUCAAGAACGGUUACCAAAAGAAAAAGAUGCGAAGGGUAUUGCGAAACAAGUCCCAGGCAUGAAAAGGAAGGCUGAAGAAGUUCCACGAAAUCUCCACGACGAAAAGAAACGGAAUGCAAAUCUGGCAGAUAACAUUCUGAAGGGUAAAACGAAAAUACUUCGCGAAGACUUCUCUGUACCGAAGACAAAACCAGCUAAGGUGCAGAAGAAGAAAGGUAAGAAAGGACUUAAAAGUCAGGGGGCAAAGAAACCGAAAGCAGGCAAAGGGCAACGAGACAUGAGGCUCAAAGCCGGAGGCCGAAAACGAAGAUGAAAUCGUUAAAUAUUCAAAUUUAUUCGUUCUAUUUGUAUCACUUAGACUGUAUCGAUUAUAAGAAAAUAUAGUAUCAAGUUGAUUAAUACUAAAAGAUGCAGCGUUUGAA